UCCGCUCCACUCCCCUCCCCUCCCCUCCCCUGUGCCCCGCCGCCGACGCCGCCGCCGCCGCCGCCGAGCGAGAUGUUCGCCUGGCUACUCCGCGGCUGCCGCGGCGAGUGCUCCGCCUCCGACCAGCUCAAGCAGGCUCGUGAUGUCUUCGCAGCAAAAGAGGCAGUUUUGCAAAAGAAAAUCUCUCAGGAGGUGGAACGAGCCAAGGAGUUCACAAAAUCAGGAAACAAGCAAGCAGCAAUGCAGUGUUUAAAGAGGAAGAAGUACUAUGAAAGCCAAAUGAACCAGGUUGGAAGUGUCCAGUUGCGCAUUAAUACCAAGGAGAAGAUGAUUGCUGAUCACAGCAGCAAUAAAGAAGACAAAUGAAAUCAGAGUUCUGAACAGUAGAUGGCAGCAAUUUUUACCUGAGCAGCUAUGCUAACCUCAGUAACUGCAAGAAAUGGAUGAGGGGAACAUCGUGUUAGAUCAAUCUAACGUAGGGUUAGUGAUAGCCUUGUUUAUUUUUAGAGGACAACCAUCUUUUCAUUUCUUCUUUGUUUAUUUCUUCCCUUUUGGACAACCUUCUUGUUGGUUGCCCUAUUCGUGUGUUCGCGUCUUCUCAAUGAAACCGAUAUCUGUAAAUAUCACAUUUUUCUCAAGUCUUCCUUACAAGUUACAACCAUUCUAUAGUGCUUCCAAUUUUGUGUAAUUGAACUAUCCGCUCCAAUGUUUCUACACCCAGUUCGACAGCUGCCACUUGACAACCAGUGGAGUACUACCUCCGUUU